AUGAACUUUACAUCCUCGGUACUUUUGCUUGUUGUGGCAGUCCUUUGCUGCCAAACUGUCUCUGCCAACACCAAUACCACACUACUGGAUGAUGCACUCGCCCAUGCCGGCCACCAAGAACGCCAGUAUGAUCGUAGGGAACUGAGCCGUUGCAUCAGACGAGAAAUGAUGGUUCUCCAAAACACCAUGGCUCAACAAGAAGAAGAUGAUUUCCACGAUGAUAGCCCCGAAUAUCAUGCCAAUGACGACAAUAAGCAGCAACACUCCAAUAAUAACAAUGAACUCAAAGAAGUGACUAGAAUCUUUACCGCCUGUCAAAAAGAAGUGGAAGGUGGUGAGUCCGCCAUGGGAGUGGGAGCCAAGGUGGGAAGUUUUUUGGCGCGAGCAGUGGCUGCCAUGGAACAAGAAGAGAGAGAAGAACGGGAAGAACCCAUUGCAGACCGAUCUCCACCUGGUUCAUGCCACGUUUAA